AUGUUUUUUAACAGUGACAUCGGCACAGCAUUGCAGCACUCACAGUUUGGCUCGGGCUCCGGCCUCUUUCACUACGAGCGUCUGGGUUGCCGCGGGGAUGAGAACACCCUGAGCAGGUGCCGGAGCAGGACGUUCGUCACCGGUGACUGUAGUCAUGGAAACGAGGCGGCUGUGCUGUGCGCGCCACCAGAAGGCAGUGGUCCUCCGCUGCGUUUGGUCGGAGGCGAGGAAGACUUUGAAGGUCGAGUGGAGGUGUUUCACACUGGAAGGUGGGGCUCGGUCUGCGAUGACCAGUGGGACGACAGAGAUGCUGAGGUGGUGUGCAGGCAGCUGGGUUUUGGGGGUGUAGCGAAGGCCUGGUCGUGGGCUCACUUCGGUCAGGGCUCAGGCCCGAUCCUGCUCGAUGCCGUGAAGUGCACAGGAAACGAGCUCUUCUUGGAUCAGUGUCCGCAUGGUGACUGGGAGCAACACAACUGUGACCACAUGGAGGAUGCUGGGGUCUCAUGCAGCCCUUACACUGAUGGCGUGGUGCGUCUGGUGGGAGGAGACAGUCCCUGGGAGGGUCGAGUCGAAGUUUUACACAACGGUGACUGGGGGACGGUGUGUGACGACCGCUGGACCCAGCAGCAUGCAGAGGUGGUCUGCAGACAGCUGGGCUACAGGGGUCACGCUGAGGUCGUGUCAGACGGCACCUUCGGGGAGGGUGUCGGUCUGAUCCUGCUGGACGACGUGCACUGCGAGGGAUCUGAGACCUCCCUACUGGACUGUCCGCAUGGGAUCUGGGGGCGGACCGACUGCUCUCACAGCGAGGACGUCGGCGUUCGCUGCAGGGGACGAUUCGGCCUUGAGACCAAUGAGGUGCCGGUUAUCGCACCUUCCACAGGUCCCCUGGUGCGUCUUGUGGGUGGCAGCAGCAGAAAGGAGGGUCGAGUGGAGGUGUAUCUCCAUGGUGACUGGGGGAGCAUCUGCGACUCGGGAUGGAAUGACCUGAACGCCGCCGUAGUGUGCAGACAGCUCGGACACAGUGGUGGAGCGGUAGCAGCCGGAGGGUUCGGUCAGGGGAAAGGCCCCAUUCACCUGGACCAGGUGAGGUGCACGGGGAAGGAGGAGUUCCUGGGAGAGUGUCCGUCCCUGGGUCAGAGCUUCCAGGGCUGCAGACGCAGGGACGACGCCGGGGUGAGUUGUGACAUCGCGCCGCGGGAGUCCCCGGCGCAGGCCAAGCCUCAGGAGCAGAGCUGUGGGCUGAGGAAGCUGGUGGAGGAGGAUAGCAAGAGGAGGAACCGAGGAGAGGAGAACAUGCUCACGACCACGUGGCCAUGGCAGGUGUCAGUGUGGCUUCAAUCCCAAGAGAAAGAUGGCGGUCCUCUCUGCAGUGGCACUCUGAUCAGCCCCUGCUGGGCGCUGACCUCUGCUCACUGUGUCAGCAGGUUUGGUAGCGACCCCUCCCAGUACGUGGUGCGUGUCGGGGCGUCGGAGCAGACUCUCACUCCGGAGCAUGUGGUCGUUCACCGGAAGUACAAGGGUCAGAGCGGAGGUCAUGACCUGGCUUUGUUGAAGCUGCCCAGCGCCAAGGGUCACUGUCUGACCUUUGACCCUGACACGAACGCGGCAUGCCUUCCUGCUGCUGAUACGGGAUCAGGGGGAAACAAUCCAUCCUCUUGUGUUGUCAUGGUUACUGCUGGAUGGACAGGACCAGACUCCGUUCUUGCAUCCUGGGUCCCUCUGAUGUCGUCAUGGCAAUGUAAGAAGCGCUAUGGCGAUAGUUUCUCCAGUCACGGCACUCUGUGUGCUGGCAGUCCUCCAGACACUAGUCUCCUCCAUGGCAACAGUUGUCAGGGUAACUCCGGAGGCGGGCUGGUUUGUCAACGUGAGACUGGUCGAUGGGUCCUCACCGGGGUGGUUGCCGGGGGUUUCAGCUGUGCUGACCCUUCCUCCCCUGCGCUCUACACUCGAGUCAGCCGCUUCAGGGGCUGGAUCGACGAGGUCAUCAACAUGACGGAGCAUUCGGAGGAACCGCAGACGCAGACACAAGAAGAUGUGACGCACAAUGAUGUAACGCACACAACCCAUGAAGGGCACACACACAGCGAGGGCGAAGAUAAUUACCUACACAUGCACGAUCAACAACAGACAAACGAAAUUGGUGAGAUCAAACUGAAACACGCCCACACUCAUCAUUCGCACACCAAUCAGCACGGCAACACACACACCAAGAGCUCACAUGCCCACCAUGAAGCAGACACAAACACACAAAUCCUGGUCUGAUUGAGGCCGCGCCAUUGGCUUACCAUCUGUGCCAUGUGACCGCCUGAGGAGGAGGAGGAGGGUGAAAGGAAGGCCAAAAAGAAAGAUGCUCUUAAUUUAAAAAGUAAAAAAACGACCGUGUCUGUGCUAAUUUCAGAUCUGAACAAAGUGUUUGCAGCUUCUUAUCGUCAGACGAGCACAGCGAUGUAAAUGGUAAAUGGUCUGUAUUUAUAAUGCGCUUUUCUGGUCUUGAAGUGCUUUACACUACAGCUUUUUGCCAUUCGAUGUGGACAGAUGUUUCCAAAAGAUGAUGACGGCAGAGUGUGUGGGUGACGUCUGGUGUUUUACAUGUGAGUUACAGACAUUUACGAGCCAGAACAACGGCCGAUCUGUCGGCAGCGUGCUGAUGAGGGCCUUACACCGAUACCGAAAAUCAAAAAAUCAGCAUGGCAUGUAUUGUAAGGACAAUAGUGUUAGCAUAAGAACGUCCGCGGGACAUUUCUGAGAUGGUCACACAAGAAUCUAUGCUAAAAUUAACCUCUUAUCGUGUGUCUUCAUGUGUCAGCUGUUAGAAGAUUUCUACAAACUAACCAUCAGAGCAUCUAUAGCAUAAAGGCUGACUGCAUAUCAUCAGUGUCCCUCUGAGAUUAUACAUGUGGGUGAUUUUGCGUAUAUUUUAAACAGGGCUCCUCUCUUCAGGCUGUCUUUUACCUUUAUUGGUGCAAGUGCUGUUGUUUAUUUAGACCCACGACUAAGCUACUGUAUUUAACCAGGGACCACACCAGUGAUUCAGCAGCUUUGUGUGUUUUUAUUAUCAGUGACUUAUAUUCAACACUGAUGCUGUCGAGCUUCAGGGCAACAAAAAAAGGAAUCUGAAAGAUUACAGUGACAUCAAAUGGCUCAUUUCUGUGGUUUUCUUUGACCAUUGGAAUUUAACUCACUAUUGUUCCCAAUUAUAAUUAUUACAGGGAAUGAAAAACCUGAGGGUAAAUCAAUACAGGAAGCAACUGGGAGAUCAAAGUCUUGCAAACACAUAUCAGAGGUAAUAAAGAGAAAUGAAACAUCAGGAAAUCUGUCUUGAAGAUAAGAUGAAGAAGAACUUUGUUCAUCCCAAAGUUAAUUCUUGUGCCAGAUAAUCCUCCCAAAACUCACCUUAUUAGAACUGCCUUUAAUAUUUGCUUUAACAUUUAAAUAUUUCAUUUUAAUUUGAUAUUUUCCUUUAUAUUAUCUGUACAUUUAUCUGAAAACACACUCUCGAAUUAUUAUUAGUAUUUUUAAUAGAAGAAGUAGAAGUAGUAGUAGUAGCAGCAGUAAUAGUAGUACCCUCCAACCUCAAACACACAUAAAACUACUUUGAUAAUAUGAUUUUUGCCACCACUACUACACCAUUACUACUACAACUACUACUACUAAUAAUAAAAAGAUAAUAAUUGGAGGGUACUUUUUAAGAUUAACUGACACAGCAGAUAAUACAUGAGAAAAAUCUAAAAGGAAAAAGAACUCUUAAUCAUUUUGAUUAUUAUUAUUAUUAUUAUUAGUGGUAGUAGUAGUGGUAGUGGUAUUAGUAUUAGCAGUUGUACCUUCUGCCCUCACAAACAGUAAACUAGUUUUGUAAUAAUGUAUAAUGGGUACCACUUUCUGAAUGAGGCACCUAUUGUUAAGGCUUUAGAUAACUGUAUUUAAUGGCUUUAUCUGUGGUUAGUAAAUUUACUUGCAAUUUAUGAACCAGUUGAGCAUGUGACACAACUUUAGUGUUACUCUUUUUAAUCACAGAUGACUCACUAACUUGUGAAACAGAACUCGUGACCUGUGAAUGUUAAUGAUGCGUUAACGUUUAGAAAAGCAGACUAGAGGAAGGAACGUUUCCCGACUCUCCAAACUAAAAUCAGCAAUAAUUGUAUUAACCAUUAAAAAAAGUCAUUACUUACAGGCAAAAUUUUAGUUUUCUGUGAAAAAGUUUUGUCUUUUUCUUGCACUUUCACUUCAUAUUGUAAGUGCAACAAUGUUCUUGAAAGUAUAUUCACCUCUUUCCCAGUAGCUUUUGGCGUCCAUUGAUUUUCUUGCAUUAUGAAAAUCAAUGAGCUGACUCCUGAAACAUCGUAAAACCUGAAGAUAUUUACUUUUUUGCCAAAGUUUCAUAAUUGGUGAGAGGCGCUGCAGCGCAGAUCAAUUAAACUGCAUUACCACAACAUUAAUGGACUUUUUUGAAAAUCAUCUUGCAGGAUUUGAUUGAUUUCUAUUCUAAAGGGGAAACAAAGGAAACAGUGGCUGCAUGGAAAACUGGAAAAUACACUGCAUAGAAAAAAAACCUGAAACACAAAACUCGCAAACCCCCCCACCGGUGUGGUCCUUUAAACUUGUACAGGACAAUUCUCUCCUCUCAAAGCCAUCGGAAGCCGAGUGUCGCGUCAUGAUUGGCUCUAGUUAGAUAAACGAGUAGGCAGAUAGACAGGUAGAUAGCUGCUGCUACCAGAGAUUAGAUAGUGAGUGUUCUGCAUUUUUAGAUAGCUGAACUGUGGACGUGUAAUGUUGUCUGGUCAGUUGUUGGCUGAGCAGAUGUGUGAUCUGUCCAGAAGAGGGCGACGUUGCUCUAUUUUCACAGGGUCGCUGGGUAAAGCUUAGGCCCUGGUGGAUCUUUUUUUAUACUCUCGCUGUAAGUGUGCGGACUUGACUUGUGCUUUGUUGUACUGUGACCUACUGUGUCGUGAAGCAUCUUGUAACCAUCUUGUAACCCCCCCCAUGCCUGUUGUUAGGACCCCUGUACAUAAACCCUGCCCCCCAGAGACUCGACGUGUGGCCCUGCAGAUCCUGUGGGUUCGUGUAAAUACUGUACGUCUACGGUCAGAUGGAGAGGGAGCAGAAAGCAAGUGUUAAAGAAUGAGGCCUACUUUUAACUGUUACACCCAUCAGCUGUUCCUCAGUGUUAUGUGCUGAAUCAUGGUUGAGUAUUAAAACAUAUACCUGCAAA